CCGUCUCUCCCUCUCUCUCUCCCACCAUCAAACACACUCGCUCACUGCACAUCACCCGCUACAACCGCCGCACGAGCUGGUUAGCUAGCUAGCUUAGCUUAGCUACCGUCGCUUCUUCGCUAACUGACAGCGCUGUUUUUUUUUUUUAAAUCGAAGUUGUUCCUUCUCCUCUGCUCGGUUAUGUGUUGACGCGACUGACGUUGGAAGUAACGGAUUAUACUCAGUCCGCCUCCCUCCCUCCGGCUGACCGGGAGCCGCCAUGGAAUGCCGCGUUCUGUCCAUACAGAGCCAUGUAGUCCGGGGAUACGUGGGCAACAAGAGCGCCUCUUUCCCAUUACAGGUUUUAGGGUUUGAGGUGGACUCCAUCAACUCCGUCCAGUUCUCCAACCACACAGGUUAUUCUCACUGGAAAGGCCAGGUGCUGACGGCCGACGAGCUGCACGUCCUUUACGAGGGAAUCAAGCUGAACAAGGUCCACCAGUACGACUACGUCUUAACGGGUUACACCAGAGACACGUCCUUCCUGGAGAUGGUAGUGGACAUCAUUCAGGAGCUGAAGAGAGCCAACCCCAACCUGGUGUACGUGUGUGACCCCGUCCUCGGCGAUCAUGGAUCUAUGUACGUCCCUCAGAAUCUGUAUCCGGUCUACAAGAACAAGGUGGUGCCUGUCGCUGACAUCAUCACCCCUAACCAGUUCGAGGCAGAAUUAUUGACGGGGAAAAACAUCACCACAGAGAAAGACGCCGUGGAGGUCAUGGACCUCCUCCACGCCAUGGGCCCGGACACGGUGGUCAUCACCUCCUCCGAUCUGCCCUCCCGACUGGGAGACCGCUUCCUCGUGUCGCUGGGCAGCCAGCGCAAAGUUCGUCCCGACGGCAGCCGGACGACGCAGAGGGUCCGGAUGGAGGUCCACAAGGUGGACGCCGUCUUCGUGGGGACCGGGGACCUGUUCGCCGCCAUGCUGCUGGCGUGGACGCACCACUACCCCGAUGACCUGAAGAUGGCUUGUGAGAAGACGUUUUCAGUGAUGCACCACGUUAUCCAGAGGACCAUCUCCUACGCUCACGAGUUAGCAGGGCCCGGUCGGAGGCCCAGUCCGCCCCAGCUGGAGCUGAGGAUGGUUCAGAGUAAAGCGGACAUAGAAGACCCUGCUAUAGUUUUGGAGGCCACGGUCAUAUCCUAACAUUACCGACCCAUCAGACUCACGCCAACCUCGUCCUCUUGAACCUCUCGCAUCCAGAAUCUCAUCGCUGUGAACCCUGACUGUCGACACCUCAUCAUCCAGACUCCUUUAAAAAAAAAAAAAAGAAAACCGUAGUGUGGUAAUCCCCUGUGCUCCUUUCAGCCUCUGCCCUUAUACUCCUUUAACUCCUCAGUGUCCCCUGUGACCCUUUGACCCAAACCCCCCUUUUGGAACUAGAGCCAUGGAUAGACGGCGGGUUCGGACCUCUCCAACCCUGGGACAGGGUUGUGUUUUGUUAGAAAGCUGUAGGGUUCAAAACAUGCCGUAUAAAACGUACCGCUGAAGCUCACUGAAGAUGAUCCGGAUCCUCGGCUCGGCGGAGGAAGGGUUUGGGAUCUGCUAAACGCCUGAUUUGGGCUAAAAGUCGAGUUUUUAAAAAGUUUUUUUUGUCCUCCGAUUAAUACUAGCACUCGUCGAGCUCUCGUACUUAAGAGGAUCUCGCCGCGUCGUCAAAGCGCCUGUGAUCGGAUCACGCGUGACCUGUGUUUAGUGUCCGGUGCGCCCGCCUGCAGCAUUCAUCCCAAAGUGAUCUGAAUGGAUUCCAGCUGCUGAACGCUCCAAAACUCUACCUCUAAAUUAUUAUGUCUAAAACUGGCCUUUAUGCUUUUUUACUGCCGCUCCGCUCAACUUGCAUAAUACUUCCAAAAACGACACACACCCGCACACGCACACACACACACACACACACACACAGUUGCCAAGUAGCAGGAUGCAGCACAAACAUUGUCGGUGCUGAAGGACUAAAGCGACUAACGCUGUUUAUCCGUGGCUCUGCACACCACCCCCCCCCCCCCCCC